AUGGACAAUGCUGCUUUAUUAAUCCAAUUAUUAACAAAUUUAAGUGCUUUACAACAAGUGCUUACAACUAUUACACAAAAUCAAGAAGGUUCAUCUACACCUGAAUCUACACUGCCAGCAUCAUCUAAUGCUAUUAUAGGAAUUGUUAAUAUAGCAACAAUUCCCACAUGGGUCCACUCAAAACCCAAUCACCAAAGAGAAAUAGAGAUGAUGGAAAAAAAUAAUGAAGACAAAAAUUGGAAAGAUUUUCUUAACUUGCCAUAUAAUACAUAUUGGUCUUAUCAAUUUAAAACAGAUUUUUCAACCUUUCCUGUUUCUGUGAGAGAUUUUGUUUUGCAAAAGCUCUCAGAGAAUAUUAUAGAAAACUGGAAAGCACAUGAAAAGGGCAAAAACAUAACACUACCAAAAAAUAAGAAGGCAUCAUUUCUAACAAGAAGUUCUCAAACAGUAUUAUCUCCUAGUAAUACAAUUAAUACAACCAACAAUAAUAACUUUCAACGAUCUUUAUUAGAUGAAAAUUCAUCUUUUACUGAAUCUGAUAAAAGUUCACCAUUAAUCAAUAAGCAAACUGUAUUUAUUACUUUACCAAAUAGAGGAUUUCGGUCUGCACUACCCAUGAAUGAAAGUGAUUAUUUGACUGAUAAUAAUAAUAAUGAUACUCAAUGGUCUUUUAAUAUAAUCAAAGAUAGCAAUAAUAAUAGCACAAUCGAAGGUAGCAAUAAUAAUAAUACAAUCAAAGAUAGCAAUAAUAAUAAUACUCAACAAUCUUCCAGUGAGAAUAUAAUCGAAGUUGAUGAUAAUACUAAUAUUCGACAAUCUUCUG